GCUGUAAAGGUAGAUCUGGGUAUAAUUCUUGAUAUGGAAACAGAUGUGGGAAAAGUAAUGCACACAUGUAUUUUACUAGCAAUUGAAGAUUACCAUGCUGCCGCUAGUCAUACUGCCACUAGGAUAGUACCCCACUUGAGGGAUUCCGAGAAAGAUGAUGUUGAAACAGCAUCCGCUGCCAUAUACUUGCUAAAGGAUGUCCAAGUACAAGCUAUCUUUGGGCCACAAAUGUCUACACAAACUGAUUUUGUGAUCGACUUAGGGAACAGAGUUAGAGUUCCUAUCAUUAUCUCCAACAACAAGUCCUUCACUUUCAGUCAAGGAAAAUCUCUUCUUCAUCAGAGGAGCACUUCCUUCUUCCAGCCAGACUAAAGCCAUUGCAGCAAUUGUUAAAAACUAUGAUUGGAGGCAGGUUGUAAUCAUCCACGAGGAUAGCUCCAUUGGAACUGGGAUAGUUCCAGAUCUGACUGAUGCCUUACUGGAAAUCAACACUUUAGUCUCCUAUAGAAGUGUUAUUUCUCCUUCAGCCAAUGAUGAUCAAAUUCUCAAGGAAUUAUACAAUUUGAAAACAAAACAGACCAGGGUAUUCAUCGUGCACUUGCAACCAUAUCUUGCCUCGCGCCUUUUCCUCAAGGCCAAAGAAGCCGGGAUGAUGAGCAGUGGAUAUGCAUGGAUCAUCACAGAUGGGCUAACGAGCCUUCUGGACUCGGUAGAUCCUUCAGUAAUUGAAUCAUCAAUGCAAGGUGUUCUUGGUAUAAAGCCUUAUGUUCCAAGUACAACCGAGCUUAAAAUUUUCACCAAGAGAUGGAGAAAAAGAUUUCAUCAAGAGUAUCCGGACAUAGACGGAGUAGAACUCAAUGUUUUUGGGCUAUGGGCAUAUGAUAGCAUCACUUCAUUCGCAGAAGCAGUAGCAAAAGUGGGAAUUACUGCUAUCCCAAAAUUCAAAAAUGCAGAUACUAGAAAGAACUUAACGGACAUAGAUGCACUUGGAACUUCAGAAUUGGGAUCUCUGCUCAUUCACUUUAUGCAAAACAUAACGCUAAAAGCAGGUCUAAGUGGUGAUUUCCGCAUAGCAGAUGGAGAAUUGCAGCCUUCCCCAUAUCAGAUUGUGAAUAUUAUUGGGACAGGACAGAGAAGCGUUGGAUUCUGGACAGAGAAGGAUAGCAUUUCGUAUAAACUGAAGAUGAAUGGUAAAACAGCUAAAGCUGAUAAUAAGCACCUAGGGGCCAUCAUUUGGCCCGGUGAAUCUACUAUUGUUCCGAAAGGCUGGGACAUAUCCACAAGUGGGAAGCGGCUAAGGGUUGGAGUUCCUGUCAAUGGAAAGCUGGACUAA